AUGGCUCCUGAAUUGAGAAAACGCAAGGCGCCAGCACCGCCCGCCGUGGCAGAGCCCAAGGCGAAGAGAGGUGCAAAGGCUGGUAAAGCAGAGCCUAAGAAGGAGCCCAAGAAGGCCGCGCCUAAGAAGGUGAAGGCGCCAAAGGAGGAGGAGGAGAAGGAAGAAAAGGAAGAAAAGGAGGAGAAGAAGGAAGAGAAGGAAGAGGCUGCUCCUGAAGCUGAAGCUGAGACUGAAGACAAAGCUGAAGAUAAAGCUGCCAGUCGCGUCCCCGAGAAGGGCGAUGUGCUCGACCUCAGCCUGUUCGAAGACGAGAUCGAGCGCGAGGAUGGAACCAAGACCUCGUUCAAGGCCCUGCUCGAGGAGAGCAAAGGUGGUGUCGCCGUGUUUACCUAUCCCAAGGCUUCGACGCCUGGCUGCACCAAACAGGCAUGCGCAUUUCGCGACGACUACACCAACCUGACCUCGACUGGAUUCUCGAUCUUCGGCCUGUCUGGCGACUCUCCCAAGGCCAACACGACCUUCAAGACCAAGCAGAAGCUCCCGUACCCCCUGCUGUGCGAUCCAUCGUUUAAGCUAAUCGGCGCGUUCGGACUCAAGAAGACGCCCAAGGGCACCGUCCGCGGCGUCUUUGCCGUCAACAAGGAAGGAAAAGUGCUUCUGCGCACGCCGGGGGGCCCCGAGAAGACGCUGAACCUGGUUCAGGACCUGAUCAAGGGGGAAUAG